AUGUCAACAAGUGAUGCAAAGCUUUUAGGAUUGUGGGCAAGCCCAUUUACAACCAGGGUUCAAAUGGCCCUUAAGCUGAAAUCUGUUGAAUUUGAGUUCAUUCAAGAGAAUCUGCAAAACAAAAGUGAACUCCUCCUCAAGACAAAUCCAGUUCACAAAAAAGUCCCAGUUUUUAUCCAUGAUGACAAGCCUAUCUGCGAGUCUCUUAUCAUUAUUCAAUACAUUGAAGAUACCUGGAUUAGUGGUCCUUCCAUCCUCCCGACCGAUCCGUAUGAUCGGGCCAUAGCCCGUUUCUGGGCUGCCUAUAUCGAUGAUAAGUGGUUUCCAUUGUUGAAGGAGCUAGGAGCGGCACACGGAGACGAGGCAAGAACUUCAAUUAUGGAGAAGAUUUUCGAAGGGUUGGCUUUGUUAGAGGAGGCUUUUGAUAAGUGUAGCAAAGGAAAAGGUUUCUUUGGUGAAGAAAAUGUUGGUUACCUUGAUAUUGCACUAGGUUGCUACUUGGGAUGGGUUAAGGCUACAGAGAUAAUGACUGGUGUAAAGUGGCUUGAUGAAACUAAGACUCCUGGCUUGGUGGGAUGGGCUGAGAGAUUAUGUUCAGACAAUGCUGUUAAGGAUGUUCUGCCGGAAGCUCAGAAGCUCGUAGAACAUUACAAAAUGUCAACACCCAAGGAGAAAAGUGCUACCGCUUAA